UUCAUGUCACUUGUUUUAGCACAGUGCCUUGUGAUGGAAUCAGAAUCUUCGAAACUUGAACAGAAGUUAUCUGACUACUUGUGGGAGCAAACAGCUGAAUACCAGCAACAAGCUCUAAACUCGAACUUACUAUACGGGAUGAAGGAACGGUGUCUGGACCCCUCUGAGUUUGGGGGCUACAUGGUGGAUGAUACUGUCUACUGUUACGAGGUCAUGCAGUGUCUGAGAACAGCAGCAGAGAGGUCCAAUGACAACACCACUCUUCAGAAAUAUCUGUAUUUUAAAUCUGAGAGUUGGAAAGGAGUGGGAGCCAAGUCCUGCGAUACUUGGCACAUCAAAAGUGCCGAUGGCAUCAAACUGGGAGGGGCAGCUUCUGCCUAUAUUGCCCACAUCAGAGACGUUUCUGAAAAUGACAGUCCAAUAUACACGUUAUUAGCUCUUACUCCCUGUAAAAGACUCUGGUCUUGGCUAGGCAAACAGAUCGGAUCUGGAACUAAAGAUUUUGGGGUGUACACUACUUGGGUGGAGAGAAACUUUAACCCACAUAGUACGGGGUACCUGGAGUAUCUAGACCAUGUGGAGUGGGCUUACGAGGCAGGAGUAGUCACAGCUGAGAAGGCUUUGGAAGUUUUCACCGCCAGUAUCCAAAGUGAGGUUAACUUCUUCAACUCUGUUGCAAGAUGUGAGCCCGCCAAAUCGAGAACAAGACUCUCGACUGACCGAAGUGAAUUAUAAAUCUGCACGCAUUCAGCUUUCCAGAUCUCGUUCGAGAUUUAGCUCUGGAAGGAA